GCAGUGAGAGAAGCAGCCCUAUGUACAUUUCUAGUUCUAAUACACUAGAGCCUAUUGGGGAUUUGAACAGAUUUGAUUUUUAUGGUGCUUUAAUUAUUUCAAAAUGUGACGCAAUAAUGACGAACUUUUCGGUUGGCUGCACUCCGCCGUAAUUGCUGUUCAGACAAAGCCUGUCCAUUCACAUCCGCCUGCACACCAGGAAUGGCCCUGUGUAUUCCUGGGCCCAGGCCCUCCUAUUCCCAGGCCCGAGAGAACCUUGUCAAAACCAUGCCCCCAAAUCUUAUCUGCGCUCUGACCUGCAGAGGAAAAGAUUGUCGUUAUGAGGGACCAGCAACCUGGACGUUGAGACAGCAGGCCAUACGGGGUGUCUUUUCCACAUGGGUGACAGAUGAUAUUCUAGCCAUGGCAAGACCUUCUACGGCUCUAAUUAAGAAGUAUUACAUUAUAGAUCAAUUCCACAAGUUGAACAUAAAAUCCAUCAUCAAUAUGCAGGUGGCAGGGGAGCAUGCUCACUGUGGAUCACCAUUGGAACGAGAGAGUGGCUUCUCUUAUUUACCCCAAGUCUUCAUGGAUAAUGGAAUCUAUUUCUUUAACUUCGGUAUGCCAGAUUUCGGAGUAUCCUCCCUGAUUCGAAUACUGGAUGGUGUGAAAGUGCUGGCAUUUGCUGUGAAGGAGGGCAAGGUUGCUGUACAUUGCCAUGCAGGACUGGGAAGAACAGGAGUCCUCGUUGCCUGCUACUUAAUUUACAUCACACGUGUGAGUCCAAGUGAGGCCAUCCAUUAUGUCCGUAUCAAACGGCCCUGCUCCAUACAGACCAGAGCGCAGAUUAACCUGGUCUUUGACUUUGCUCGUUUCCUCGCUCCUCACCUCGUCCUGUACGCCAGCGUUAGCACCAGACACAACAGUUUCACCCUCCAGCAGUAUCUGAACAGGCAGAAAAACCUGCUCCAUGGUUAUGAGGCCCGGAAUUUGAAACACGUGCCUAAAAUCGUGGACUUCAUCUGCAGGAGACUGACACUAAUAGCUUUAAACAAAGCCGAUGGCAGCAGCCUGCACGCUGAGGUGGAAAGAGAAGCCACUGUGUUUGACCUAACUGUGCUUGUAAGAGAGACGCUUAUCAAGCAGAAGUUUCCACGCGACGCUGUCACACCAGUGCUGUUGGAUCCUGAUAAUGCGUUAAACCCUCCAAUUCAGUCUGUCACCUCCUGGGAGGAAAAGGAGAGAUUUCAGGAGAGAAAGAGAGAGCUUCUACAGAACAAGAGAAGCUACAGCGACUCAGAUCUCAGCAGGAUUGCACUGCUGGAAAAGGACCUAGAAUUUGUGCAGCUCCCUCCCUCAUUAGUGAGGAUUUGCUCGGACUGUCCAAAGCUAGAAGACAAACCAGCUAAUGAAGACCCAGCAGCCCCCAGAAGAGAACCUCCCGAUAAGAACAUUGGCUCUUCAAUACUCAGGACCAGAGGUGAAUGCCUGAACAACUGUGAUGCCAUAGCAAGAGAUUUGCAGACACACAGAGCUCUGAGCAAUGGCAAGUGGAAGAAGAAGAAAACUCCGGCACUCGGGAGGUUUAUUACAACUGUGGAGCUAAACAGAACUCAGAAUCAGCCUGGAAUAGCAUCGGUCUCCCAGACUGUUGCCAAAGCAAUGUCAGAAACAGAGUCCGUUGGAAAUGACAUCUUGAGAAGAGCAGCUCUCCUGCAGGGUGAACUGAAUGGCAAUGAGGGAGCCUGGGCAAUGCUGGCUGUGGAACCAGACCCCCGAGUCCUCAGUUAUUUGUUAUGGUCCUGGCUGGAACAGUUAAAGGAACCUGUUCUGAAAUCUGCCGACCUAGAACUGCUGGUUUCAAGCACACAUGAUAAGAAAGGUCUCAAAGUACUGCACAAGCACCAAGACCAGACCAUCUCCUGCCUCCUUGACUGCGUCAGUGAGGUAACCAGUUUCAGCCCACACAUGGAAGAUGCUGUUCUGAGACGACUCAUGCGAGCUGUGACCAGAUGCUCGGAGGAACAAGUGAAAAGCUAUGCACGACAGAUGAAUAUCUUCAAGGCCAUUGUAAAAGAAAUCCGUUACACAAAUUUGUUUACAAGAGCAAUUGAAAACGUACAGUAGCAAACUCAAAAUCUGCAACAAAAAACAGUUACGUUCUCCACAGGACUUUCAAAGGAAAAAAAAUUACUGCCAACUUGAAGUAUUUAGUAUCUGUGCAAGAGGUUUAAAGUUGGUCUACCUAUAUAUGAAAGUGAUUCAUCCACCACAUAGAGACACUUUUUAUAAUCAUUUAUUAAAAAAUGUAUGUGAUAUGAAAAAUCAUACGAUCAUCUGGUUAAUAUCAUUAAAACACAAUUGAAAAGGAAAACAUCUGCCCAAAUUAUUGAUUCAUAUGAUAAAUUGUCUUAAAAAUGCAAUAAAGAGCAUGCUUUGUUAACACAAA